AUGAAGGCCAUUGAAGCCUAUGUCGACGGACUUAACCUCCUUUCUGUCAUCAUUCUUUACUCUUUAUUAUGGCUUAUCACACCUAGACUGCCAAACCCUAAGCCAUCUGGCCCCAAAACAAACAAGCUUUACGAUGGCAUCCUGCAUGUCUCCUACUCCAUUGUCUUCAUGGUCGGAUGGGCCUGGUGCAGCAAUGUCAUGUCGCACGUCGAGGAGCCAUACCUGGAUGAGGUUUUUCAUAUACCGCAAGCUCAGAAGUUCUGUGAGGGAAAGUGGACUGAAUGGGACGACAAAAUUACCACCCCUCCUGGGCUAUAUAUCCUCUCCAAGUAUUACCUUGCGAUGAUGUUGAGACCCGAGUGCUCCGUUUUGGACCUUAGGGGUGUUAACAUUAUCGCCAUCAUCGGCCUCGGCAUCCUAGCCACCCACUGCCGGCACUUGAUUGAGACCCGGCGCAACGAUGCCAAGUCUCCGGCGCCACCCGUUGUCCUGUCAUUCUACUCUAUCCAUCUGGGUUGGAACAUUGCGCUUUUCCCGGUCCUCUUUUUCUUUUCCGGCCUCUACUACACGGAUGUUGUCUCGACUUUGUCCGUCUUGGUAGCAUAUUACCACCAUCUACAUCGAGUUCGCGAAGAAUGGAGCUCGUUCUCGAGCAAUCUUGUUACCAUCCUCCUUGGCGUGGUCACUCUUUUCAUGAGACAGACGAAUGUGUUCUGGGUUGUCGUGUACAUGGGUGGACUUGAAGCCGUCUCAGCAGUCAAGUCCCUCCGGCCCAAGCCCGUUGACAGGCCUGGUUUUAAUAACGUGAGCGAGUGCGUCAAGUACUACGCCUGGAGAUAUUCUCUUGGAGAUAUUCACGAUCCUCCUCUUAACACAGCCUGGCCAGAUGACCUAAUCUUUUCCGCCGUGAGCAUCGGAGUUGCCGCCAUCGCGAAUCCUUUCCGUGUUUUGCGAAAGGUCUGGCCUCACAUAACCAUCAUGGGGUUGUUUGCCAGCUUUGUAGCCUGGAAUGGUGGUGUCGUGCUUGGCGACAAAUCCAACCAUGUCGCAACAAUUCACCUCGCUCAGAUGCUCUACAUCUGGCCCAUGUUUGCCUUUUUCUCUUUCCCAUUGUUCCUGCCAUCGGCAAUUUCUGUUCUCCGAUUCAUUCAUGGGUUUUUCGGCGUAGUUUUUCAGAAGGCUACAUCAAAACCGGAACAGACUAAAGAAACAGGUUCCGUCAAGGAUGCAUCCACAGAAGCUGGAUCGAGCGCCUCUUCAUCUAAGACUCAGCGUCAGGCCUCUAAAUCCAGUAAACUAGACAGCUCCUCUGCGAAGCCUCAAAAGCCCUUCGUCUACAGCACCCUAGACUUCAUCGUCCAAAGCAAAAUCUACCAGCUUGUCCUAACACCUAUCCUUCUGGUCCUUACCUUCCUCGUCGUCAGGUUCAACACCAUAAUCCACCCCUUCACCCUAGCCGAUAACCGACACUACAUGUUUUACGUCUUCCGCUACACCAUCCGACGCCAGGGCCUGUUCCGCUACUAUCUCAUCAUCCCAUACACCAUCGCCCGCUGGCUGUGCUGGGACGCCCUCACCGGCUGCGGCCAAGGAGGUUUCCUCUCGGACCACACGGCAGAUUGCUCAGGACAGUAUACCUCCUCCCAGCCCAGCCCAUUCGAGAACAGCCCCUUCAGCGCCUCAAACGUGCGCAACCGCGCCGAAAAGCCGCCUGCGACCGAACCGCUCGAGGAUACCGAAAUCGUCGUCGCCAAGGACGGGCAAAAGACCGAGGACGACCCCGCGAAAUAUCACCCGUACGCCCUCAUCAGCCUCGACGAGCCGUCGUCAAACAGCACGGAGCCGACGUCCUCUUCCACCGCCAUCUUGCUGCUAGUGGCCACUACGCUUUCUCUGAUGACGGCGCCCCUCGUCGAGCCGCGGUACUUCAUCCUACCUUGGGUGUUCUGGCGCAUACUCGUCCCGGCGUGGAAGGUUCACGAGCACGCCGUCACGCACCCUAUAUUCGCGACGCUCGAGAAGGUGCCGGUUGUAGGCUCGCUGAUCAGACUCGGGAAGAAGUUUGACCUGAGACUCGUCUUGGAGACGCUUUGGUUUAUCAUUGUUAACCUGGUGACGAUGUAUAUUUUCAUCACGAAGCCGUACAAGUGGAGAGAUGAGAACGGCCGUAUUCUGGACGGAGGCCGGAUGCAGCGGUUCAUGUGGUAA